GAGCUUAAUACGUCAAUUACCAGAUUAGUUGCAAACUUCUGAAAGUUAGUAGCCAGAAUUGUAUGUUUGUGUUAUUGAUCUUGGGGGCUAAAUGUGGGUCUUUUGUUGAAGGUAGUGGGCUAAUUGAUGAAAUAGAAGAGACCCAUUUGAUUUGAAUUUGGAAAUUGAAGGGUCCAAGAACUUUGUUGAAGAUGGCCUGCAGAGGGUGCUGGGAGUGCCUAUUGAAGCUAUUGAACUUUGUUCUGACCCUAGUGGGGCUGGCCAUGGUGGGUUAUGGGAUCUACUUGCUGGUUGAAUACCUGAAAGCUGCUGACACAGUUGCCAUGUCUUCGCUUGUGGGUGACAAUCAAGCUUUGAUACAGCUCAGCCGACCUAUGCUCAUGACUGUGUCUCUUUCAUCUAAUAUCUGGGAUAAUUUGCCAAAAGCUUGGUUCAUCUACGUGUUUAUUGGAAUUGGAGCAAUUAUAUUUGUCAUCUCUUGUUUUGGUUGCGUGGCCGCCAUGACACGGAAUGGCUGCUGCUUGAGUUGUUAUUCGGUUUUGCUGAUCCUUUUGAUAUUGGUAGAGCUGGCAGGUGCAGCCUUUAUAUUCUUUGACAAAAGCUGGGAAGCUGAAAUCCCAACAGAUAAAAGUGGAGAUUUUGAGAUGAUAUAUGCAUUUCUGAAAGCUCACUGGGACAUUGUUAGAUGGGUUGCUCUUGGAGCCGUUGUCUUCGAGGCUCUACUUUUCUUGCUAGCUCUUGUGGUUAGGGCAGCAAACAAACCAGCAGAGUAUGACAGUGAUGAUGAGCUCAUUGCUCCAAGACAACAAAUUAGACAGCCAUUGAUCAAUAGCAGGCCAGCAGUUCCGGCAACUGGUGUACCUGUUGCUGGGGCUAGUGAUCAACGACCGAACAGAAAUGAUGCUUGGAGUACACGCAUGAGGGAAAAGUACGGGCUUGAUACAGCUGAGUUUACAUACAACCCAUCUGAGUCAAACAGGUUCCAGCCGGUACCAGCUCAGCCACAAGAAGAAAGGAGCCGAUGCAGCAUCAUGUGAUAAACGAUGUGGAUUUAACCAAAAUUUAAACUUGGGUUUGGUUUCUGAAGACCAUUUCUUUGACCGUGUUAGAACUUCAAGCUUUUCAGAGGAUCGUCAUUUCCUUUUUGUUGAGUUUGUGUACUACAAUUUUUUUCCUUUACUUUUUUGUUUCAGGAGCUUUACUUAUUCCCGGCGGAAAGAGUCUUCUCUUAAAAUGUAUUAUCAGUUGGUGUGUAAAUUGUACUGCUAGUUAGGGCUUGUUAUGGAGUGUAUUUUUAUUAACCGAGUCACUUGAGACCUUCUGGCAGUUGCAAUGAUGUGUUUGUUCUAUUGGUUAUAAUUUCUUUUACCUAA